GCGUCAUGAAUAAACUGAUCGGAAAACGAAAGUAGAGUUCUCUGUCAUAACAUAUGAGUUUUCAUUGUUGACGUAAAUAUGUUGAGUUUAUUGCAAUGAAAAUUUUAUAUUAAAAUUUAAUUCAAACUAUACUUGUUAAAAUUUUAAGAUACUGUAACAAUCAUUUCUUUAUGCAAUGUUUUCGAAAAUUUUAAUGGACAAUGUCAAAAUUUCUCUUAAUUUUAAAUUAAAAUUUAGGUAAGAAUUUUUUUAAAAAGGCCCGAAAUGGACAUCCUUACUCUCCAUUGUAAAUCUGAGACAAAUUGAUUUCAUUGAGAUUUUACAGAAGAUUUUCUUAAAAAUAAUUUCUAUUCGACGUAGAAAUUUAUUUUAAACAAUGUCAGAACCUACUGAUUCAAAACUCGUAAUUCCAUUCAUGCCAUCACUUUUCCACUUUUCUGUGGUAAAAGUAGCUUUAAUAUUGUCCAAACAUAUUGAUGCCAUAACUGGCUUUAUACUCUUUAAAGAAAUGAGGCGAUUAGGUCCGAAAAAGUUUCAUGAAGCUAACUAUAACUCUAAGAUAAAUAAAGCAAAGGAAAAGUUACUUAUCGUUCCUGCACAUUUAAGAGAGAAUGUAGUGCAGGCAAUUCUAGGCAUGGAUGCUGCUGUUACAGAAUGGCAUUCGGACCAUGAAGGUUUAUGGCGUUUAAAGAAUAUAGAGGAAAUCUUUCAAUGGAAAUCUGAUGGGGCAAUUGACAGAAUUAAAACAAUGCAGCAAUUGAUUCUAAAAAAAGAUGUUGAUAUCGUUUGGAAGUUUUAUUGGGCAUGCAGUUACUUUUUGGAAGAAAGUAUAAAGACUUUGUGGGCAGAAAUGAAGGUAUGCGAUAGAUGGUUAAUACCUGGUAAUCCCUUUACACGAUUUUGGGUUAGAAGGAUGCAAGAUGGAUGUGGGGUUCAAUGGAUAAAGGACAUUCCAGAAUACCUACAGCUUUCUGGAGAAUAUCCCAACUGUACCUUUGGUGCAUUUUUUCCUUUCUUGCAGCUGCAAGAGAGGGAGAAGUUUCUUUCCUCUAUAACAAAGACUACAAAUGAUGAUUUUCUUUUAUGUAUGUAUGGAGCAACUAAAGAAGAAGAAGAGCAAAUAUUAAAGAUGGAGGCUUUCAAACUCCUAGUUGUCUAUUUGAAUUGGCCGCUGCAAAAUUUAUUUAUACAAAUAGUGGAAAAGAUGUGGCCAUUUAUUGAUUAUCCUGUUUUUGAAAAAGUACUACAUACUAUAUUCUCGUACAAAGUGAAGAAGCAAGAUUUUGAUUAUGAACAACUUUUGGUGGAUUUGUUGGCAAGAAGUCCAAAGGACUUCAAAGAAAAGGCAAAUGCAAGCCAAUAUCUCUCUCGCCAAAUUUAUUUCUGUUUUGAAUCAGUAAGGAUGAGGAAAAAACGUUAUAAUGCCAAUUCCAAAUUAAAUUCAAAAAAGAAAAGAAAUUAAUUACAUGCUAACUGGCUGGUAUUGGAUAUGGUGAUAGCUGUUUAACUAACUCUUUUUUCUAAAAGAAGAUGAAGGAUGCACCGUAGAUAUGGGGUUCAAUGGAUAAAGGAUGCUCAUAAAUACCUUGAUCUUUAUGAAUGAUAUCCAACGUAUACCUUCAGUGCAUUCUUUCCUUUCUUGCAGCCACAAGACAGGAAGAAUUUUCUUUCCUCUAUAACUAUUACUACAUCUAAUGAUUUACUUUUCUGUGUGUGUAUGGAGCAAAUAAAGAAGAUAAAGUGUAAAUAUUUAAGACAGAGGCUCCCAAACUCUUUCUUCUCUAUUUAAAUUGGAUGCUGCAGAAUUUCUUUCUACAAAUGGUGAAAAAGAUGUGGAAUUUUAUUGAUUAUCCUCUUUUUGAAAAAGUAGUACAUACUAUCUUCUCAUACAAAGUGAGGAAGCAGGAUUUUUAUUAUGAACAACUUUUGGGAAAGAUGCCCAAAUAACUUCAAGGAAAAGGCAAAGGCAUGUCAAUAUCUCUCUCGCCAAAUUCAUUUCUGUUGUAACUCUGUAAGGAUGAGGAAUAACAUAACUUUAUCCAUUCUAAUUUAAAUUUUUUAAAAAAAGUUAAUUAUAUGCUAACAUACCAGUAUUGGAUAUGGUGGUAACUUUUUAACUAAUUUUUUUUUUUUUUUUUUUUUUUGCUAAAUGGAGAUGAAGGAUGCACCGUAGAUAUGAAGUUCAAUGGAUAAAGGAUGCUCCUAAAUACCUUGACCUUUAUGAACUAUAUCCAAUGCAUACCUUCAGUGCAUUCUUUCCUUUCUUGCAAGCCACAAGACAGGAAGAAGUUUCUUUCCUCUAUAACAAAGACUACAUCUAAUGAUUUCCUUUUCUGUCUUUACGGAGCAAAUAAAGAAGAUAAAGUGCAAAUAUCAAAGACGUAGGCUCCCAAACUCUUUCUUCUCUAUUUGAAUUGGCUGCUGCAGAAUUUCUUUCUGCAAAUGGUGGGAAAGAUGUGGAAUUUUAUUGAUUAUCCUCUUUUUGAAGAGUACUACUUACUCUCUUCUCAUACAAAGUGAAGAAGCAGGAUUUUUAUUAUGAACAACUUUUUAUGGACUUUUGGGAAAGAAGCCCAAAUCACUUCAAGGCAAAGGCAUGCUGUUAACUCUCCCGCAAAAGUAAUUUAUGUUUUGAUUCAAUAAGGAUAAUGAGAAAACAUAACUUUGAUGAACCUGUCAAUUCCAAUUUAGAUUCAAAAAAGAAAAGAAAUUAAUUAUAUGCUAACAGGCCAGCAUUUGAUAUGGCGGUAACUGUUGAACUAACUCUUUUUGCUAAAAUAAUGUCUUUUUUUUAAUGUAAAUAAGAUAAUCUCCUUGUAAAAAAUGCAAUACAAAGUUUUAUACACACAUAAAAAAUAACUUUAGGUGGCAUUUAUUUGUUAAGUGUUCAAAGUUUUAGAAUUGACUUUUUUUCAUAUUGUGUAAAAAAUGUUUUUCCACUAAUUUAACAUGUCAUUUUUUUAUUCUAUCUUGCUAAAAAUUGCAGUAAUAAAAAUUCCAUUAUUAAAUACAUUCUUAUAUUAAAUAUGUAUGAUUGCAUUAUGUUUUAAGUGUCAUGAUGAUAGUUUAUAGCAAUAUUGCUUUGGAAAUUCGACUGCAUAUAAUAUUGACAUGAAUGAUAUUUGGCAGCAUUGAAGGUUGUGUUAAGCAUUACUCUAUUUAUUUCACUGAAAGAAUUCCUUUGUUUUUGAAAAAUAGAAAAGCAAAUUUAGAAGAAUAAAUGUAUAAAAGAUUUAUUUUAAAUAUUAUCUUUUGGUUUGUCCAAGACAAUAUUUGUGGUACUUGGUUUAACAAAUGAAAAAUAUUAAUUAUCAGUUUGAAUACAUAUUUAUGUAUUUUUAUUCUUGAAAUUUAUGAAAAUAAGUCACUCUUCACACCAAUUUAGUAAUGGUGCAUUUUAUUAUCUCAUCCACUAUUUUAUGGUCAAUAUUAAUUAUUGAUGUCUUACAGAAUUGAUUUAAAUCUUAGAUAAUUGAAAAUUUUGCAUGAUUUUCGAUAUAAAUUAUAUUACAUGAUUCUCAUCUGCUUUUGGAAGAAAUGCUCUGUUUUGGAUUACAGAUAAAAUAUUUUCUUUAUGCAUGCUUGUAAAAAUUGUAUAGAUAAAUUUGGAUUCAAUUUAAUUCAAUUAAACAUAAUUCUAGAUGUGUGAGUUUUAUUCUAAAAUUAUAUUUCAUUUUUUUUUUUAUUGCUCAUGGCUUUUUUUUAAAUUAUGUUUUCUGUGCUGCAAUUUUUUAAAUUUUGAAGGAAUAUAUGAUUUUUUUUCCUCUUUUUAAUGGGAUAUAUGUUUUUAUACUAAUUUGAUAACUAGUAUAAUAAUCAUUUGAUUAUGUAAGUAUAAUAUUUUUUAAUGGAAUUUUAAAAUAUUUAUUUGUUUAGUAUUAAGAGAUUCUUUUCACUGAGUCAAACAUACAGAGAUUUCAUUCUCAUAAGUACUUCAGGAAACUCAUUUAAUGGGACUGCUGUGGUUUGAAAUAAGGUUUGUUUUGAGACCUAAAGUUUUCAGUUUUGAAAUUCAGUUCCAAAGAAUUAUUUGAAAACAGGUGUGAUGUAUGUAAAUAUAUUGAAUACAAUAGUCUUGCUGAUGUGCUAUGAAAAUUUUGAGAAUGAUUCUGACUCCAAUAACAACCUUGUCAUAUAACCCUGCUGUUGUGUGUGGGUCCAUUUCGACACAAAAGCUACUUAAUUUUGUAAUUAAAUUAAAAUUAGCAUGGAUAUUAUGCUGCAUAUUUAUAAAUGUGGUCAAGAUUUAUUCUGUAAAAUAUGUUCGUAUUUUGUUGUGAUUGCAAUAUAAGCUUAUUUGUCAAAAGAAAAAAAUAAAAUGUUUACUUAUAC